AUGGCCGGGGAGAAAGACCCGACCUUGCUCUAUGAGCCGAAGUUUGUCGACACCCGAGAAUUUCCUGAGUUAGUUUGAAAAAAAAUUACUGCUGGGGUGUUUGAAGGAGCAUAGGCGUCUUGGAAGGAAAUUUUCAAAAGAAGAGCUUUUUUUUUGCGUUUUUCUAAGGUCAAGUGGAAUUGGACUUUUGCGCCUUUAAGGACCCCAGCAAAGAUCUUUGAAGUUUUUAGGACAUGAAGGAAGAAAAAGGGACAUUUUAGGUAUCCGACGAUCAAUGUUCGAGUCCAAGGAUUCGACUUCGUUCCUCUGGAAAAGUUCCAGGCUUUCAUUGACCGCACGGCGAGGAGAUUCAACUUCGAGGUCGUUGAUAGGUUUGUUUCAGAUCCAUUCGGGAAAAUGAUCCUCGAAAAACAGUCAUUUUCAGAGAAAUAAUCAUGAUCUUUUCUCAAAUCACCAACGUUUUUUUUUUGCGACCCUUGGCUUUUCACCUUUUUAAAUCAGCCUUUGCUGUUUCAUUGGCGAAUCAUAAAUUUUUUUUUCACUUUUCAACUCUAUUUAUAACUUAUUUAGCGCAUAUACUGAGGAACACCAGAGUGGUCUCUAUAGGGUUUAGAAGACUCGUAUAAGCGUCAAAAAGUGCCCCCUUUAGGGGAUGAAAUUUAGGCGGUUCUUAUGGAAGUUUGUGGUCAGACCGCGAAGCCCCUCGAGCUCAAGUGACCCCUAUAGUGUCUUCUAAUUUUUGUUCAUAUUUGAAUAUUAAAACGGCUAACGUGGUCAAUAUAUCCUCUUUUUAUUCAUUAAUGCUAAUUUAUUGUGGAAAUUCUUCUCCUCGCCGAGUUCAUAAAAAUAAUCGAAGCUUUAAUGGCUCUUGUAGGUAUAGGUAAAGCGGUCCCUAGAGGGCAACCUUCAAAGUCCCCUAUAGGGGCCACUCUGAAGUUCCUGAGUAGGUUGUGAACUUUGGAAAUGUUCGGAGAAGUCCAAAAAACUCUUUGUUGACACAGGCCUUUCCAAGUUGAGAACAUUCCUUUCCUGCUUCUUCAUUUCGUUUCUCUUCUAAAAUAUUUUCCCUCUCUUUCAGUUACGCCGUGGCCUCUCAAACCCACCGCGCACUCACCUACAAGCCUCACUCGACGGUCGUCGAAGCUGAAAUGGACUUUGCCGUCUACGACCGUGUGGUCCGACUUCGAGCGGUUCCCGCACCUCGCCUGGCUCUGUUCACACAGCUUCUGCACACGCAUCUCCCUGUCGGCGUUACGGUAUCGUUUUCUUCUUCUUAGUCACAAAAGCGUACACAAUUUCAAAUUUUCAGGUCAGUAAAAACUCCGAAUUUACAAUAUUGUGAAAUUUAAUUCAAAGGGCUUUGAAAUACCGCGAUUCAAACCCUUAAAGAAAAUUUUCCGCCUGUAGCUUUCCAGUCAAGUUAUAACUUCGAAAAAAAUUUUUUACUGAGCUAUUUGAAAGUGCCAAACUUCGAAUAAAAUGCAAAGAGAUCGGAAAAAUUAUUAUUUUUUGGGUCGAAAUCAGAGUCCUCAAAUUCUUUCUAUUAUGGCGUGGAAAUUCUCGAGCUGUUCUUUUUUUCUGAUUUUCUUUUUUUUUUUCAAGUAAAAUUAGGAUUUCAUAUCUCUUUUGUGUGUUUUUUUUUAGCUCUCUUCUUCGUCGAUUUUGGAUAAUUUACAGUCUUUUCAGUAUUUUCCAUCUUCGUAAACAGUUCGUUUUGCAGCUGACCGUGAAAGAGCACGAAAAGGCGGACGAAGACUACCGCUACAUUCCCGACGGGCUUCUCAAGCAGAAACAAGAAGAACUCAAGGCCCUCGACGACCCCAACGUUCGAAGAAACCUCGGAUGGGAAUGA